UGUGGAAGAUGGAGGGCGUUCCUUCCGCGCCGCUCUCCCUCCGGCUGCUGCUGUUCGUGGCGCUGCCGGCCGCAGGGUGGCUGACAACCGGCGCCUCCAAGCCGCCGCCGUCCGGAGCCCCGCAGAACAGCAUCAGAAUUAAUGUAACUACUCUGGAAGAUGAUGGGGAAGUAUCUAAAGAACAGGUUGUUCUUAACAUAACCUAUGAGAGUGGACAGGUAUAUGUAAAUGACUUACCUGUAAAUAGUGGUGUAACCCGAGUAAGCUGUCAGACUUUGAUAGUGAAAAAUGAAAAUUUGGAGGAAAAAGAGUAUUUUGGAAUUAUCAGUGUGCGGAUUUUAGUUCACAAGUGGCCUAUGACAUCUGGUUCCAGUUUGCAACUCAUUGUCAUUCAAGAAGAGGUAGUAGAGAUUGAUGGAAAACAAGCUCAACAAAAGGAUGUUAUUGAAACUGAUAUUUUAGUUAAGAACCAGAGAAUACUCAGACAUUCACACUAUCCCCUUCCUUUGGAAGAAAGCAUGCUGUAUUCUAUUUCCCGAGAUAGUGAUAUUUUGUUUACCCUUCCCAACCUCUCCAAAAAAGUGGAAAGUGUUAGUUUGUUGCAGACCACCAGCCAGUAUCUUAUCAGGAAUGUGGAAACCACCUUAGAUGAAGAUGCUUUACCUGGAAAAUUGCCUGAAACUCCUCUCAGAGCAGAGCCUCCAUCCUCAUACAAGGUAAUGUGUCAAUGGAUGGAAAAGUUCAGAAAAGAUCUGUGUAGGUUCUGGAGCAGUAUUGUCCCAGUGUUCUUCAUGUUUUUGAACGUCAUAGUGGUUGGAAUCCUAGGAGCAGCUGGGGUCAUAACCAUCUUAAAGGUGCUUUUCCCAGUUUCCACAUACAAGGGAAUUCUUCAGGUGGAUAAAGUAAAUGUCAUACCUGUGACAACCAUCAACUUAUAUCCAGAUGGCGCUAAGAAAACACCAGAAAACCUUUAAUAUAAAACACGUAUUUAAAACAUCAUCUCAAAUCAUGGAUUCUGAAUUUAUUGUCUCCAAACUUGCCACCUGAAUGUAAUUUUCUUAAAAUCAUUCAGAAUCAGUUUAUGCAUAGAAAAAUUGCCAAAGUCCCAAGACUGCCUGAAAAUUGAUCUUCACAGUGCCAAGUUAAAAUUCAUCUUAUUCCAUAAAAGGGAAUGAAUUGUUAAAGAAAAUUAAUGUGGAAGAGAAGACAUGAAGAGAUUUUGAAAUUACCAAAAAGAGAG